UUUUUUAGCAUAGAAAUUAUGGCUAAUGGCUAUUAUAGUCAUAAUAUUAUAGAGACGUUAAAGUAGAUGUAAACAAUUUAGUCAUGGUUGGAACUCGAAAGAGUGAGGAGUGAGGGCAGAUUAUACACCUACUCUGUUGAAAAAAACAAAAACAAUAUUUUACAGUAAAUAAUAACAAAUGUUUUCACACAACCACGUUAAUUUGUUUUUCGAUUUAUUUAAUUAAAUUUUUUGUAUUAAUGAGAUAUAAAUUUACAAGACGUGAUGGAACUGUUAAAUGUAAUUUUAUCUUUGAAAAAUGAUAUUAAUUAUACGUUAUUACGAAAAUGGAUAAUUUCUACUUACCAACAUGUGUUAACAGAAAAAAUGUUAACAAUAAUAAUUGGAUGUGUAAUAACUACAGUUCUCAGUUUAUUGUGUACAGUUUUAUUUUACAAAUGGCGAAUUAAAAAUUUAGGUUAUCGUGGUAAAGAUGUUAUUACACCAAUAAAAACGAGGUUCCGCAAAAGGGACAAAGUAUUGUUUUACGGUCGUAAAAUGCUAAGAAAGGUGAAAAACAUAUCUGGACAAGUUCACGGUCAAGGAAAAAAAAGGAAAUUAGUCAUUAAAUUUGCUCGCCGUUUGUUACAAAUGCGCAAAGAGACUCUGCCUCAGCGUUUAAAUGUAUUAGAACCGCCUGCCGAGUAUUUGGAAGAGGAAUUGAUCAUGAAAGAUGGUCAAAAUGUUCCUCCUGACGCGUUUUAUAUGUUGCAAAGUAUUCGGAUUUUUGGCCAUUUUGAAAAACCAAUAUUUUUAAAGUUGUGCCGUCAUACUGAAAUUUUAAACAUACACGCAGGUGCACAUUUAUUUAAUGUUGGUGAUCUCGAUGAAAAUGUUUUUGUUGUUCAAAGUGGACUAAUUAGUGUGAAUAUUAAAUCCAGCGACGGCAGCACAAUUCCUUUGAAACUAGUGAAAACUGGUGACAGUAUCGCAUCGUUAUUAAGUUUUACCGAUGUUUUGACUGGUAACAAAAAAUUAUACAAAACAGUUAGUGCACUAGCCGUUGAAGACAGUACAAUAGUCAGAUUACCCGUGGCUGCAUUCCAAGAAGUUUUGCUUGAUUAUCCCGAUUCUUUAAUUCAAAUCAUUCAAGUGAUCAUGGUGCGCUUACAAAGAGUUACGUUCACUGCUCUUCAUCAGUAUCUAGGACUUUCAACUGAAUUAGUACAAAACGGUACAGAUGACGAUCAGAUCAGUCCUUUCAUAUCAGCUUCAAAAAUUAAUUCGUUAUUUUUAGAAGAAAAUAACACAACUAUCGACAAGGAUUCAAAAAAAAAUUGUAUAACCGAUGAUGAUUUGACAACUGACAAGAACGAGUGGUAUCUCAAAAUUGCCAAAAAAGUUUUUGAAAAGGAAUUUAAAUUGGAAAACGAUAAUCUGUUACAAGAAAAAAUAGAGAUACGUAAUAUACCAAACAAUACCUUUAUAAUGAGAGAAGAUUCUCAUAAGGAUGCAGCAUUAGUUUUGUUGUUGAAUGGUUCCAUGAUAGUAUCUCAAAAAAUGGAUUCGGAAGGUAUAAAUGAAGCUCAUAUGUAUUCAGUAAAUCCUGGGGAUAUUGUCGGAGCUUUAGCAAUUCUAUCGGGAGAACCAGGUUUUUUAUCGUAUAGGACCAAUCGACCUAGUGUUGUUGCUAUCUUAUCUAAAAAUACAGUCUAUGCGAUGAUGAAAGAGAGGCCGCAGAUUAUUUUGCCUAUUGCUCAAACUGUUGUUACUCGAUUAUCACCGUUUGUACGCCAAGUGGAUUUUGGUUUGGAUUGGUUGUUUAUUGAGAGUGGCCGAGCAGUCUACAGGCAAGGUGAAGAGUCCGAUAGCACAUUUAUUGUGUUAAGUGGACGAUUACGGUCAGUAAUAACACAUGAAAACGGCAAAAAGGAAUUGGUUGCCGAAUACGGUAAAGGAGAUCUUGUCGGAAUUGUUGAAGUGGUUACCAAAAUGCCUCGAGGAACAACAGUUAUGGCUGUUCGAGAUUCAGAGCUAGCCAAAUUACCGGAAGGUUUAUUUAAUUUCAUAAAACUGAGAUUUCCUGGAGUCGUGUCCACACUUAUUAAUUUACUUGGUCACAGAAUUUUAGGUACUUGGCAAAAACCCACAAUCGGUAAAACAGUAGACACAAGGCCAACUCAGAGUAAUAUUUCCACUAUUGCUAUUGUACCUUUGUCUGAAGACGUACCACUUACUUGUUUUACGUACGAGCUGUAUCAUUCUUUGUGUUCAAUCGGGUCAACUCUACGACUGACUUCAGAUUAUGUUCGAAGUAUCUUAGGGAAAUCCAUAAUGGACUACAAUAACGAAUACCGGCUAACUACUUGGCUAGCUCACCAAGAAGAUCAGCACAAAAUAAAUAUUUAUCAAUGUGACUACUCGUUUUCACCUUGGACACAACGUUGCAUUCGACAGGCUGAUUGUAUACUACUUGUAACGCUAGGAAAUAAAGAACCAACCAUUGGAAAGUACGAAAAAGAAAUUGAACGCUUAGCACUUCGCACCCAAAAAGAACUUGUUUUGUUACACAGAGAAGAAUCGGAUUUACCCAACAAUACUGUUGAUUGGUUAAACAUACGAUCGUGGGUCUCUUCGCAUCAUCAUAUACAAUGUCCAAAGCGUAUAUUUACCAAACGUUCGGUUUCGAGUAUUAAUGACCAAUAUGAAAAAAGACUGCAAACCCAAGUAAACAUACAUUCAGACUUCUGUCGUUUAGCGAGAUGGUUAACCGGAACUUCUGUUGGAAUAGUAUUGGGAGGUGGCGGUGCAAGAGGAGCUGCACAUAUAGGAAUGAUUAAAGCUAUACAAGAAGCUGGUAUUCCUAUUGAUAUGGUUGGUGGAGUUAGUAUUGGUGCUUUUAUGGGUGCUGUAUGGUGCGGCGAACGAGAUAUCAUAGGCAUGAUUCGAAAAGCUGGACAUUGGGCUAAAAGCAUGACUCAUUGGUGGCGCCAAAUUUUGGAUUUGACAUAUCCAGUAACAUCAAUGUUUAGCGGAAAAGAUUUUAAUUUCACAUUGAUCUCAACAUUUGGUGAUACCCAAAUCGAAGACUUAUGGAUACCAUAUUUUACUAUUACCACAGAUAUAUCGGCAAGCGAAAUGAGAAUACACACACACGGCACCAUCUGGCGAAAUGUACGAGCAAGUAUGUCGAUAGCGGGUUUACUUCCUCCUAUUUGUGAUUCAGACGAUGGACAUUUACUUAUUGACGGAAGUUAUGUGAAUAACCUUCCAGCGGAUGUUAUGAGAAGUCAAGGUGCCAAGUAUGUACUCGCUAUAGACGUAGGAUCACAAGACGAUAUGGACUUUACAAACUAUGGAGACAGUUUAUCAGGAUUUUGGUUGGUAUGGAAAAAGUUAAAUCCAUUUACCGCAUCAGUCAAAGUCCCAAGUCUUCCAGAUAUACAAUCUCGAUUGGCAUACAUUUCUUGUGUUCGCCAACUCGAGAUUGUAAAAAGUUGUGAUUACUGUCAAUAUAUAAGGCCACCAAUCGACAAAUAUAAAACUCUUCAAUUUGCAAGCUUUGAAGAAAUAAAAGAAGUUGGCUAUCAACACGGCAAAACAUAUUUCGCCGGUUUAAAAUUGGCAGGAAAAAUUCCAUUUCAAUUUGGAAACCAAGAAACGACAACGUCUCACAGAAAAAAUCAAAAAAAUAUGUAUUCAACUAUUGUACAGUGAUACCAGAAAGUUGGUUUAAAGUUAAAUAUAAUUUUAACAAAAACAAUAAUUUAUUAUAUAUUAUUUAUAUAUAUACAUUUAUAAAUCAUUUCUUGAGAAUUUAAAAAUUUAAAGGGAAACUUCUUUCCUAUAAAUUUGCUAAAGGUGCUUUAUUAUUGUUAUUGUUCAUUCGUAACAACUCUCGUUGACUUUCCAUGUCUUU